CUUCACACAAGCUGUGCUGCAGAGUUAAGGUCUCAGAAAUAAUCCACAUUCUUCCAUGCAAUGGACGAAAUAUAUGUUAAUGUUAAACCAGCACCUUCAACAUAUCACACAGGUCGAAGGAGCUCUAAGAGGAGUUUCUAUUUAGGGGUUAUUCUCUGUCUGAGCCUGCUGAGUGUUUUCCUGCUGGUUACACUGAUCACUCUUGGUUUCGUCUACCAUAACUGCUUAUAUGAUUCAGCUAAACAGUCAGAAAUGAAUAACCAACUUUCCUCCAUGGGUGAGGAGAGAGACCUUCUGAAUGCAAAUCUCUCGGCUGUGAGUAACCAACUUUCUUUCAUGACCGAGGAGAGAGACGUGCUGAAUGAAAAGACCAAAGAGCUGAAAAGGCUGCUGUGUUUGUCCAACCAGAAUAAAGCAUGCCCUGCAGGAUGGAGCAAGUUCAGUUGUAGCUGCUAUCUCCUCUCUGAAAGGUCUGCUUCCUGGGCUGAAGCCAGAAAGGACUGCAGAGACAGAGGAGCAGAUCUGGUGGUUAUUGACAGCCCAGAGGAUCAGACUGCCCUCUCAAAUAUUGCCACAACAGAAGCUUGGAUUGGUUUAAAUGACAAAGAGCAGGAGGGAACAUGGAAAUGGGUAGAUGGAACUCCACUGACUCUUAUACCUGCUGGAAAUUGGCAAGAAGGUAAUCCUGAUAAUGGUGGUGGAAGUUCACAUUGGGGUGAAGAGGACUGUGUACAUGUCAGAACUGAUAUGAAAAAGUCCUGGAAUGAUCGCUCAUGUUCAACAUCUUUUAAGUGGAUCUGCGAAAAAAACCCAUAGAGCCCCUGUGCAGUUUCUUGAAGAUGAUCUAAUUAUAAUUGCUUUGCAGAUUUAGCUGUGAUUAUAACAUAGUUGUUUUAUUCUAUCAUAAUGAGGCAAUUUGUUGUAGCUAAAAGUGUGCAUUUUUUUUAUGUCAGUGAAGACUGGGUCAGAUUGUUAUCAAACGCCUGUGGUUUUUAUUAUUCUAGCAUUCUUAGGUAUUAUUAAUCCAGUAUUUGAAGAUUUGAUUUUUGUGUUAGUUGAAUUUUUUUAGAUUCUAACACAUUCUGAGUUUUAAUUUUGUUAUCAUUGUUAUCAUUAUUAUUAUUAGUAGUAGUAGUAGUAGUAUUAGUCUUUGAUUUCAGUUUUUACGUGAUGCUUGUUUGCUUUGUUCAUACAAAAUACGAAAACACAGAAAUGCAGGUUCAUUUAUAUUUUUCUUUUUAUCUAUAUUAUAUCACUGUAUAUAGUGACAUGAGAGUUUGAAAAACCAAACAAUUAAUAAUUACAUAUAUCGGUGUAUAAAUAGUCCUGUCUCCCUGUUUGUUUAAACUCACCAGGCACAGUUGAAUAUCCCAAUAAAGCAUAUCCUACCUCCUU